UUAGCUACAGCGGCGGCGUAUAACGAGGUUUAUGUUUAACGUAGAAAAUAUAUAAUGUCAUCAGUCACUGUCAAAGCAUAUUUAAUGUCAAAUUUCUAGCAAAUACCUGUCUUUCUUUCUUUUUCGUGUUUGCCACCGGUGAAGUUGUGGUUAAUCAAAAAUGGGGAAGGGUAAUAACAUGAUUCCUAAUGGCCAUUUCCACAAGGAUUGGCAAAGAUUUGUUAAGACUUGGUUUAAUCAACCUGCUAGAAGACAUCGUAGAAAGUUGAACAGAAUCAAGAAGGCUAAAGCAGUAGCACCUCGUCCUGCUGCCGGACCAUUACGGCCAAUUGUUCGCUGCCCUACUGUUCGGUAUCAUACGAAAGUUCGAGCUGGUCGUGGGUUUACUCUACGGGAAAUCCGGGCUGCUGGUUUGAGCCCUGCCUUUGCCAGGACUAUUGGAAUUGCAGUGGAUCCUCGCAGACGUAACAAGUCAGUUGAGUCACUGCAAGUCAAUGUUCAACGCCUUAAAGAAUACCGUGCCAGAUUGAUCUUAUUCCCUAAGGGCAAAAAGGUCCUGAAGGGUGAAGCAACUGAAGAAGAACGCAAAUUGGCUACUCAACUACGUGGGCCAUUGAUGCCAGUGCAACAGGCCGCACCUAAGUCUAUUGCACGCGCAAUCACUAAUGAAGAAAAAGAUUUCAAGGCAUACCAGUACCUAAGAGGAGCCCGGUCCAUUGCCAAGCUUGUUGGUAUUAGGGCUAAGAGAUUGAAGGACGCCGCUGAAAACCCUGAUGAUGUCACCAAGGCACCAACUGCAGUGAAAGAAGCUAAGCCUAAAAAGUAAUGCAUUAAAUAAAUGUUGUAAAAAAUG